UUCUCUUCCAGUCCACACACACACACACACCCAACCCCAGAGAUAUUCGUGAUUCGGUGCUACUGUGACUCCAGUUGUUUUCACAUCCCCUCACUAACAAAGAGACUCCGCCGACUCCUACAUCUCCGAGUGGUGUGAUGCACAACUAAGGAUUGACGCUGCACUUGUACAUCAAGGACGACGAACGAAUAAAUAAAGAGCACCAACACACCUGGCUUUUCAAGAAGGAAUCGGGCGAGAGUUUUGAAAGGUUUCAGGCAGACUUCACUGAACGUUAAGAGCGAAAAUGGUGUCGGCUGGACUGGAGAUCAUGGGACUUUCGAUGUGCGCAAUUGGCUCUCUGCUGGUGAUGGUUGCGUGCGGACUGCCCAUGUGGAAGGUGACGGCUUUCAUCGAGGCCAACAUCGUGGUGGCUCAGACGAUCUGGGACGGCUUGUGGAUGACUUGCGUGGUGCAGAGCACGGGCCAAAUGCAGUGCAAGGUGCACGACUCCGUCCUCUCGCUGAGCCACGACCUGCAGGCGGCCAGGGCGCUCACCAUCAUCUCCUCGGUGAUGGGCGUGCUGGGGCUCAUGGUGGUGAUCGCCGGGGCGCAGUGCACCAACUGCAUUCGCACCGAGUACGUCAAAGCCCGUGUGGUGAACGCCGGAGGGGUCAUCUAUAUCAUCAGCGGUCUGUUCGUGCUGGUGCCCCUCUGCUGGAUGGCCAACAGCAUCAUAUCGGACUUUUACAAUCCACAGGUGCCCGCAUCCAAGAAGAGGGAGAUCGGCGCUGCGCUGUACAUCGGCUGGGCGGCCACGGCGCUGCUGCUGAUCGGAGGAGCGCUGCUGUGCUGCUCCUGUCCCUCCAGCGGGAACUCGGGAUACGCAGCCAAAUACGCACCGACGAAGAGAGCCACUCCGAACGGGGACUAUGACAAGAGGAAUUAUGUGUAGCUGUGUGGCUCGUGGCAGGCUGUGCGUAAAAGUGACCUGCAGCUUUUUUUUUUUUUUUUUUUGGGGGGGGGGGGGGGGGGGGGGGGGUUUGACGGACGUUUUCUUUGCACCUACAUUUUUAAAAAUCAGAAAUCUGAACUUUGAAAAUCAAUGGCAGCACCUCUGAUGUUUUACCUUCAAUGCGCUCGGACCGCAACUUCACAUCCUUUUUGUAUCUACAGGAGAUUAAAGAAAAGACAAUGAACCACAAGAGGUAGCUCGCGACAAAAAGGAGUAUCUUUGUUAGGUACCUGCUUUUGUAAGUCUUCGAAAUUAUUAGUAUUUUGAAUUGUUUACUUUUGUAACUACAAAGUUGUUGUUUUUUCCAGAGGAACACUUGCCAUCAAAUAUAUAUAUACACACACACACACACACACACUGUUCGUUAUGCCUUGGUGUGCAUUGUCAGCACAAACGUGUAGGCUACUGUAACUGAGAAUAAUUGCACUCUCACGCCGACAUGUUGAGGACUCCAACAGUGUCCAGUAGCACAAAAAAAAAGAAGAUGAGGAAAAAGCACGGUGAAGCCCUCCAACAUCUCGGACAGGUCUCUGUAUGGUUCUGAAGCUGGUGGCGGUCAGUUCGAGGUCUAUUUUUGGACCUGUAGAUUCUGGAAAGCCUGGGAGCCAUGGGCAUCAAUAUGAAAUGUUACAGAGUCCUUUUACUCGGCCACACUGAGAACCUGCAAUGUUGUUGUUUUUUUCUUCCCAUCAUUGUCACUGCAGGAAGUCUUUUCUUUUCACAAUGUCAAGGAAUAAACGUAUUUCUGUUGGUUUGUUGACGCAUUGAUGUACCGAUUCAUUAUUCACGUGUAUGAAGAUGCAAUAUCGUUUCAUUUUCAUGAAGAUUAAACCGAAUAUAUUGACUGAAA